ACCGAUCGCCUCUCGUCGUCCGAUGUAUGUUUUCCUGUCCCUCUAUUCUUUCACACUCGUUCAAUUUUGUCUGCAUGUCUGAUAUCUUCGUAAAUUUUGCCUAGUCCACCCUCUAGGACGCAAUUUUCCACUUAUUCAACGGCACGUUCCCUAUUCCUUGUGCCCCAUACGCCCUGGCCUAGUAAGACGUCCUUCACGUUCUUCGAUGAAUCCGCCCUCGUGGACUCGAUUCUGAUUUAUUCAUCCACAAGACACGUUUCCUCCUCCUUACGCCCCAUUCGCCCUGUCCAAGUAAAAGGCAUUCUUCACGUUCUUAGAUGGAGCUACCCUCUCGGAUGCGGUUCUCUUAUUUAACGGUAUGCUCCCUUCUCCUUACGCCUCAUUCGCCCCAUUCGCCCUGGCCGAGUACGCUUUCCCUCCUGCGGAUCAAUGUCUCGGCUUCUCCGGUUGCCCGAGCCAACUCAAAAUGCCUCGCUACCCGUCUGCCGCGCUGUUCAUUCGAGCCAUUCAGUUUUAUGUAUUUUUAAUUCCGAGUUUGUUUCGAAUGUCAUCAGUCCGACUCUGUGGCUUCGGAUAUACAAAUCGCCGUGUUUGAGAUUGGACGUUGGUUGCAAGCUUUUCUUCGCACUGACUUUGCGGCGGUGGGUCUUGGAACGCUCCUUCUCGGCUAGUUUGGACCUGUCUCCCCGCUGUUCAGAAACUUUCCUUCCCUCCUCCCAACCCUAUACCUAAUUUUGUUCUGCUCCUGUGACUCUGGUAUUUUGGAACUAUUUCUUCUUCUCGACUCUCACAUUUCCAGCGUUCCGGCGGCCCAUUGCGUAAGUUGACGACCUUUUAUAAGUACAACCAAUCGGGCUACCGUCUUCCCCCGAACGUAACGCACCCUUGAAAUGAAUGUACACGAGUCAUAUUUCCGGCCAGAGACAGCCAAAAUGAGGGUGCGUUGUGUUCUGGGGAAGACGGUAGCAAUUACACCCCUUGAUAAUUACAACUCUCCUCCCCGCUAUCGACCGCAGUCGACGUAGCACUCGUAUCUGCUAUUUCAGGCCGGGACCGGUAUGAGAAGCACGAUGCUCUUGUUGCGGUGUGGUGCUGAGUUCGGGACUUGGGCGGUUAAUCACGCAAAGGACUUCGUUAUGAAACAUUUAGGAGGACGAACCGUAAUAAUGAGAUGGUGUCAAUUUCAAUUUCGAAGUGUCUUAAGCAAUCAGACAGCUGGAGAGGUCGAGGGAACGUGCAAGGCAAUUAAUUGGAAAGGAGCAUGAGAAAUCAAUAGGGCAACGAUUUCAGUCAGUGAAUGCGUAUGUGGGGACAACAUCGAUUGGAGGAUGGCAUUAGAGAUGGAAAAUGAAUAUAACGAAUGAAAAAACGUAGCAACUGUAUGAAUGCGUGUGUGGGGACAACAUCGACUGGAGGAUGUGGAAAAUGAAUAUAACGAAUGAAAAAACGUAGCAACUGUGCGAUCUAUGUCUGAGGUGCGCGGUUAGCGAAGAUUGAGCAAUGAUUAACGAUUGAAACUCACCAAGGAACUGGGUUUUCUCUUUCGAAAUGAGUGGUGUGAUCGGCUCGUGGGCACGGAUCUGCGGUCUAUUGGUCCUGAAUCUGCGGAAUGGGAGAAUGCGGAAAUAGAGUUGAUCAACGGAAAGGGCACAAUUGAAACGUGGAUGGAGAACGGAGACCGGAAGGAAUGGAUUAUGGGUUGCAACGUGUAUGUUUCGCCGACGUCGAUGACGCACGCUGCUAGAGCAGUGGUGGAUGCCAAGCUCUCAGCGAAUCGGCAGCGGCGUUCUUUGCCGGUUCAGCAACGGGGUCAGGGAACUCUGUGGUCAGCCAUGCGCUGGGGUAGAUCGUCGCUUCCUCUCGAGUUCUUACCUCAAAGAGGACUGGAUGGACGAACAAGAAUUGCUGGGCCAAAUAAAAUAUGUUACAUGACUGAUGUUGAUCCCAAUGCAGAUGGUACAAACGCAGAACUUAGACGCUCUCCCAUAAGCAGCUGCUGUGUCCCUCGGAGGACCUCGUCGAAGUAUUAAGUGGGAGGGGGCGGCUGAGAGAGAGGAGUUUGAUAACUUGGUGCUCGUGUUCGCGCGAGAGAGAGGUGAGGAGCCUGAUGGCUCGUCAUUCAGGUGUUUUGGUGCGAGAGAGAGAGAGAGAGAGAGGUGAUGAGCUUGACGACUUGUCAUUCAGGAGGAUCUUUUGGCGCUCGCAGGCGCGCAAGGCACACACAAACACGCACACACACACACACACACACACACACACACACACAGAGAGAGAGAGAGAGAGAGAGAGAGAGAGAGAGAGAGAGAGAGAGAGAGAGAGNAGAGAGAGAGAGAGAGAGAGAGAGAGAGAGAGAGAGAGAGAGAGAGAGAGAGAGAGAGAGAGAGAGUACCCUGCACACAAGCAUUUGCGGGUUUAAGCUGGUUGACCUCCGGCACAUUCGACAUGCAACGUUACAUGAGCAGUGAUUGAAAUGUGCGUAUCAUGUCCUUUGCUGUGUUCCUCGGCUACACAACAGUAAAUGCGAUAAACAUUGGUGUCCCUCUGACCUUGUGUUGGAUGGUGUUGUGGGGACAGAUGCGGCACUGAUCUUGGCCUCGUAUGAUACAGUCCGUUGGCAAUCUGUCCAUUCAGACAGUCGAAACAGUUAAAAGCUGUUCGGAGCUUGACGGAUGAAAACAUGCUCGUUUCUUCCUGCCUUUCUGUUCACGGAAUUUGACUUGAGAUGCUGGAACGGAGUUUCGUGCUAGGGCGAUGUCAUAUGUAAUCAGUCAUCCUUCUGAAUUGUAGUUCCGUUGACUUUGUUGCAGUCGUCCUUCUGAAUGUUAGCGUUCUGUUUCAAGCAGAAAAAGAGGGAUAUUGGGACUCUUGCACUUACCGAUCCAUACCGCACUGGUUGGUAAUAGAUUGUCUAAGAUUUGUCUUCAUCAGAUUAAAAGCGAACGUAUUCUCCUCUGCUGAUCUUUCCCCCCCAUCUUGUGAUGGAAUCAUGCGUGUGAGACCAUAUUUCAAAAGACAUGGCCGAACGUAUUCUCCUCUGCUCAUCUUUCCCCCCAAUCUUGUGAUGGCCUCUAGAGCUGAUGACAAUGUGGUGGUAGGACGGGAGGGCCUGGACUGGUAUGCGAAAUCCUGAUUCCACUGAACAAAGUUGCUGAUGAUUC